ACAGGUAACAUAUUCUAUUCGAUAUAAACUCGGAGUGAUGUUAUUGAUGUAGCACUAUGACUGUAAAACAACGGAGUCGGUAUCAUCGUACGUCUGACGUCACUGGGAAAUUACGAGUGCCGUUGAACUUCGCACGUGUUAGCGAGUGAAUUGAUGACCUGUUAAUUAAACAAAGGUUUCUAAUCGAUCCAAAUGGGACGUAAAUCUUACAAGAAAGGAUUUUAAGUGGAUUUUUAACAGAAUCAAAAAAAGCAAGUGAUAAGAUGCUGGAACAUGUAGAUAUCUGUCAGGAAGUUCUAAAUGCAGAGAAAUGUAACCAAUAUCCAGUAAUACUGAAGAAAUGUACAGACGUUCACAUUGGUACGAAAAUAGAAAUCCAUUCUCAACAACCACAAACAAGUUACUUAAAGAAAGAAGAUGAAGAAGAAAAUGAAAUGUACGUCAAUUGCAGCCAGAAAUUGAAGUACAAGUAUAAGACAUACUUCGCUUACAUGAGAUCCUACUUGUGGGAAGGGAUGAGAAACGACUUUUCAUUAAAGGUUUACUUCGUAGACUUGACAAUACAAAAGGCAGAUUUAUUCGGAAAGGAAAGAGGAGAUAAAGUAAAUCUGAAAGAAAUAUUUUCUAAUCAGGACGACGACCAUCAAACUAUUUUGGUGACAGGACAUCCCGGUUAUGGUAAGACCACUCUGUGCAGGAAAAUUGCAUACGAUUGGGCAUCCGCGGAUUACUUGCAACAUUUUGACUUAACGGCAUGUAUUGUUUUAAGAGAGUUAGGAGAUAAAAGUGUAAAACAAGCAUUAUUCGAUAACUUGCACGAUAAUUCGUCAUUUCAUAAAGAUUGGAAAUUACAUUUUAGGCAACUGAACAUUUUGGUGAUUUUGGACGGGUUCGAUGAGAUUGUAGAGAAAAGUAAAAUUAUAAAAUUUAUAAGGGAGGAAUCUUACGAUAUUUCUAGUCAAAUGACGAUUGUGGUAACCAGUCGACCCCAAGCAACGGAAGAAAUCAGAGAAGACAUGAAGAUGAGGUUUUCGAUAAAAGGAUUUUCUCCAGAAUAUCAGAAGAAAUGUAUUCAGUUAAUGUUUAGAGAAGACGAGAGUAAAGCGAGAAGUCUUCUUGAGAAAGUGGAGGAAGACGAGUUCUACAAAGAAAUAGCCGAAUGUCCUCUGAUGCUGCACAUUUUGUGCUGCCUUUUUAAUAAUGCAGAAUUGGGAGAAAUUAAAAGCACAACGGAUUUAUACAUCCGAAUGUUUACUCUUGUAACCGAACGUUAUGUUAGAAAAACAGAUCAGAAUUGCAAGUUCGAACGAGGAAAACAUUUUAUGGGAGAAAAUUUGCUACUUCGAUAGAAAACAUUAUUUCUAAAACUUAAUUCGAUCACAUCAGAGGCUUUAAUAAAGUUUUUUCCAAACGAAGAUGAAUAUAAUUUCAUCAUUGGAUUGGACAUUCUUGCAGUGGAAUCUUUUUCACAAUACGAUAAAAUCAUUCGUUAUCAUUUUUUGCAUAUCACAUUUCGGGAAUUUCUUGUAACUUACACUAUAUACAACGAUUUUUCUAAUUUUUCAACUUGGAUCACAGAUCAAAUAUUGUUAUUUUUAUUGGGAUUGUUUGGUAGUGAUAAAUUUCCUGAACGUUUUCUAUGUAAUUUAAAAGAAAGAGUAUUCACUCCGAAUUUCAUGCUUCGAGCUCACAAAGAAAUUAAA